AUGCCGAAUGGGUCAUGUUUUCACCUCAGUAGGGCCAUUACAGAUGAAGAUAAUUGUCUAGUUUUACGUCGUCGUCGCAACAAGACAAAAAAAUUCAUCGCCUCUGUACUUUGUACUGAGACAUUAGGUUUGUCGGUAGAUCUUGAAUUCCCAUAUUUUGAGGAUGACGAGAUGUAUGUAUACAUUGUGGGCUCAUGCAAUGGCUUAGUCUGUUUAUGUGGUAAUGGACAAUUGUUUGCUGUGCUUAACCCUGCUACUAGAGAAUUCGAGGCUCUUCCAAUACCCCCAUCCCCCUCUUUGCUGCCUAAUGAAGAAUUUGAGUGUGAAGCCGCCGCGUUUAGUUAUGACACCAUUACUAAGGAUUACAAGGUCUUACGGAUUGCGUCCAUAUUUGAUAACCACCGUUUAGACCACUACCUAAUUCAAAUAUACACAUUGAGUACUAAUGCAUGGAGGAAAAUCGACGUUGUUGUGCCAGCUUAUUUUGAUGCGAUGUAUCCUGGGAUCAAUACAUACAGGGAAGGAGUCCAUCACUGGCCUGCUUUUGGAGUCAUCCUUUCAUUUGAUAUAAGUCGGGAAGUAUUCGGAACAAUAGAGCUGCCGACUCCUACACCACACUGGCGCGAUCAAACUCUCUCAUUGUUGAAUGGAUCUCUUGCUACCAUUAUUUAUCACUAUGAAUCUCAGUGUAAAUGUUUCCACAUAUGGGUAAUGAAAGAAUAUGGAGUUGAGUCGUCUUGGACCAAACAAUAUACAAUUGGACCACUUCCAAUAGAGGUGCCAUUGGGGUUUUGGAAAGGAGAAAAGUUAUUCAUGGGAACUAGAAAGGGAAAAUUGAUGCUUUAUGAUCUGCAUACCCGUAAAACAAAGAGGCUUUUGACUCAUGGACAUCCGAAACCAUUACAAUUUUACACUUACGUGGAAAGUUUCAUUUCGAUCAAGAAUAAAAAUUAG